AUGUCUCUGAUUGUGACGUUGAAAGGUCGUACAUCUACGCUCUCCAUAGACUUUUUGACACCACUUCAACUCGAUCCAGACUCUGAUUACGGACUAGCAUUGUUGGGAUUUCAUUCAUACAACAGUAUUCCAAAUAUCGACAAAGGAUCAAAGUUUUAUCUGCAAGAUAAGACCAAGGCGGGAAAGAUCAUCGAUAUUCCCGAAGUUUCAUACGACAUUGCUACAAUAUUGUCAGCCCCCGUGUUCGACGUUUUCCGCAAACCCAGAUUCGAUGAAAGCAUCACUAAAGUGGAGUGGCGCACCUAUUACCCAUAUGUGAAAUCAUUCGAAAACAAUGAUGUCAUCGAUAUUACAGUCGAUCAAGCAGAUUCGUUAUUUGAAGGCAUCAUUACCAUCAAGGGUAAAUUGGUUGUGACCGGAGGUGGUAUUGGUACAUCAACUCACAAUGCUGGAGCCUAUCUCUUCGAUUCCUGUACCUAUGAAUCGUGCAAUAAAGAAUUGGACACUGUCAGAUAUUCUGGAAUAACGAGUAAUGUGCGAGAAUACUUGUGUUACACACCUGAAGACUCACGCCAUCUAGCCAUAGCAGGCUGGAACUAUCCCAACGCUUCGAUUCUCAACGCCGAUAAAACGUUCAGCAUGAACAUUCCACUGAAACAUUUGUUUUCCAUCAUUAACGAUCAUCAAGUGGCAACGUGGGGCAAGCAGUCUAUCCGUUUUGUGAGAGCUCGCAAUGAUGCCAACAGUGUGAAGGUUGUCGAGAGAGCGAAUACUGCUUUGCCAGGAUCUCGUCAGACUCAGAGCACUGCUAAAAUAACAAUUGAAAGCAUCAAUUUGAAAGUGUCGCAUCUUACACCCAACGAUGACAUAAAGUUGCAGUUGUUGACACGUAUCAAGGCAGAUGAGUCUAUGAUGAUACCGUUUCGUCGAUGGUUAUUGCACGAGCUACCAGCACUCACACAAGGAUCCGCCAUAGAAAUCUGUCUCAGAUAUGUUGAAGUGUUUUUCCAAACGAAAAAAGCCGAUAAUUCGCAUGAAGACGUCACCUCGUUCGAUAAUGCCAACAUCAAAUCCAUACGAUUGGCUCUGAAUAGCGACUAUUAUCCGCAAGAAAGAAUGCUAUUGGACUUUUCCAAAGACCAAUAUGCCGACGCUCACUUCAACUAUACAGAUUUCAACAAGAGCUACCAUAACUGUCAACAAAAACGCUCUCUAGUGAAUUUCAAUGAAUUCAAAACCCGACCAAUGUUUGUUAUCGAUUGCUCAAGGCGCCAUCUAGGUCUGAAGUCGUCUACAGUUGACACAAAGUUGGACAUUGAAGCGACGACAGGUUUCUUUCCCGACACCAAAGCCUAUUGCAUCAUCGUUCACGACCAAAUCAUAGAACUCCUCCCACUCAGCGGAAUUGUUCGAAAUAUCGCCUAG